CUCAUGAAUAAUAAAAUGGAACAGCGGCUUACACACUGGGCUGUAGAUCGGUGCAGUGUGCCAUACUAAAUUGCGACUGCACGAACGAGCGGCUUCGGGCAUUAUCAUGCAUCGCCUUUUAUUUACCAGGUAUCAGUAGCAAGGCUUCAGCAACUCAGGCCCUCGUUCGCCGACUGCGAUGGACGAGGAAUUGUUGGGCGUGGAGCUUGAGGCGCUCGAAGCCACCUUCCCGGACGAGCUAAUAGUGCAACGCGGACAGAACUGCACCGAUGCCGCACAUGUACUAGAGGUUCUAUUGCCGCUGGCGCCGAGGGGCUGCCCAGCUCACCACGCCUUCGUGACGGGCCGGCUGCGGCUUGGCGUGACCGCGUCAUACCCGGACCAGCCGCCCACGAUAGCCCUGCUCGACACAAAGGGCAUUGGGGACACCCGCCUGGCGCGGCUGCACCAGACGCUGCGGGACGAGGCGGCGACGCUGGCGGGGGAGAUGGCUCUGGGCGCGCUGUGCGAGCACGCGCUGGACGUGAUCACGGCGGAAAACACACCCGAGGGCAUGUGCGCCUUCUGUCUCACCUCGGUUGAGUUGGCGCCGCCGGCGGCGGGCCAGGGCGCCAGCGCCGGCGGGGGCGGCGGUGGCGGCGACGGGGGCGGCGCCGAGGGCGGGCGGGAGGGGCUGGUGCGGCUGGAGUGCUUCCACGCCUUCCACAGGGAGUGCUACUCGAGCUGGUGGCUGUGGCGGCAGGCGGCGCUGCGCGAGCAGGAGGCGGCGCUGGUGGCGCACACAGGGGCCAGCGCCGCGUCCGUGCUGCGGGGCGAGGGCCUGCCGCCGCGCGACGGCGACGGCGUGUACGCCACCUCCUGCCCCGUGUGCCGCGCCGCUGCGCCCCUGGACUGCCUGGGCCCGCAGCUGCAGACCGAGCUGGUCGACACAGCCCUGGCCGCCGCCUUCGCUGCAGAGGAGGCGGCGGCGGCGGCAGCAGCAGCAGCAGGCGGAGGGAGGGGCGGGAGGGGCAGAGGCAAGGGGCAGGGGGCGAGGAGUAAGAAGCAGGGGGGCAGGCAGCACGGCGCGGAGGGGGAGCAGGGCCGGGCGUGGGCGCAUGGCGAGCUCGGGAAGGAGGAGGAGGAGGAGGAGCAGCGGCAUGGCGCCGGGGAGGAGGAGGGGGAGGUGGACGAGGAGGCGUUGGCGGAGCGGCUGCGGCGGCUGCAGGUGGCGGCGGCGGCGGCGGCGCGGCUGGCGGCGCAGCGGGAGGAGGCGGAGCGCGCGCGGCACCUGCGGCCGGAGCAGCUGCGGGAGUAUGCGGGUGUGCAGGCACGACACGCGGCGGUGCUGGCGCGGCAGCAGGCGGCGGGCGGGCUGAUUGAGCAGGCGAGCUACUCCAUCAGCGGGUGGACGCAGGGGCCCGCCGAGCAGCCGCCGCCGCCGCAGCAGCAGCAGCAACCGCAGCCGUCGUUGCCGGAGCAGGUGCAGGCACUACAUUCGCAGAGGCAGCAGCAGCAGCAGCAGCAGCAGCGACAACAGCAGUUGGGAGGGUCUGGGGCGUCGUCGUCGGGGCAGCAUGAGAAGCCAGGCGGCGGUGCUGGCGGCGGCCGGCACGGGCAGGGGAGAGGGAGAGGCGGCGGCGAGCCUGGACGGGGCCGACACGGCGGCGGUCGCGGCGGCGCUGACAGACAUGGAGGCGGCGGCGGCGGCGGAGGCAACGUUGAGGGUGGCGGCGGCGGAGGGGGCGGGGGCGGUGAGGGUGGUGGCGGGGGCGGAGGCGGCGGAGGAGGCGGCGGAGGCGCGCGUGUCAGUGCCGGUACGGCAGGUGCAAAUGGCGAGCAGGCUGCGGGCGGUGGGGAGCAGCACGAUAGGGCCGACAGGCGGCGGCGCGGCGGGGGCGGCCGGGGAGGCGGCGAAGGCCGCGGUACGGGCGGCGCUGGCGGGAGAGGCGGUGGCAGUGGCGGCGGCGGCGGAGACGGCCGGCAGCGGCAGGGCUCGGCGCAGGGCUCGCAGCCGCAGUCCCAUGAGGAUGGGGCGGAUGCAACAGCCGCAGCCGGCAGGGCGGUGGCCGCGGCGGCGACAGCGGCAUCUGCAGCGGCGGCGACGGCUAUGGCUGCGAUCACGCCCCCCUCUGCCGGAGCUAGCGCGCAGCUGCGCUCGGGUGGCGGCGGCCGGGAUGGAAAAGCCGGGGGCCGCGGCCGGGAGGCUGGCGGCGGCGGUGGCGGUCGUGGGGAAGGUGGCGGCCGGGGACGGGGGCGGGCCGAGCAGAGCAAGGUCGAGCUGCAGGCGGCAGUAGGCCACGUGAAUGGCAGCGCAGCGGAGGCGCUCGGUGCGGGGCGUGGAGGUGGCGGCGGCGGUCAUGGUCAUGGUGGCAGGGGUGACGGUUUUCGGGGUGGGAGAGGCCGUGGCGGCGGCGGCGGCGGCGGCGGUGGAGGCGGACGGGGUGAUGGUGGGGCUGUGGGACAGUGACACGAGGGGAUGCCGCACCAGCACACGAGGGGGCGCUUGUUGACGUUUUUUACAACGGGUCAUGUUCCUUAUGCAGCUGGGACAAUCUUGCAACUGCUUGCCAUCGGAGACGCGAGGCGACGCAGCGAAGAUGCACGCGUGUGUUCCUGUAACACGCACUCGAC